GAGUUCGAAUAGAUCACCAUGAGUUUAGAAGGCAAAGUUGUUAUAGUAACCGGAGCGAGUUCUGGUAUCGGUGCUACGACGGCAGAGGCUUUUGCCAAAGAAGGUUCCAAAGUGGUGCUCGUAGGACGAAAUGAAAUGAAUUUGAAGGCUACCGAAGCGGCCUGUAAGGCUGCCAACAACAAAGCCGAACUGCUAUUAAUCACUGCUGAUGUCACAGUGGAUGCGAAACGUAUUAUAAACACAACAAUUGACCGAUUCGGACAAUUGGAUGUGCUGGUCAAUAACGCGGGUAUUAUCGAAUUUGGCAUUAUCUUGGAUGUUGAUGUCGAUCAAUUCGAUAGACUUUUCAAUACAAAUGUGCGUUCCGUCUUCCUAUUAACAAAAUUUGCUGCGCCACACUUGAUCAAGACCCGGGGCAAUAUCGUGAAUGUCUCUAGCGUCGCAGGUUUGCGUUCUAAACGUGGUAUGACCACUUAUUGCACCUCGAAGGCAGCACUGGAUCAAUUCACUAGAUGUUGCGCCUUGGAUUUGGCGCCGCAAAAUGUGCGUGUAAACUCUGUUAAUCCUGGUGUUAUUGUUACCGAUCUUUAUCGAAAUGCAGGUUUCUCGACGAAGAAAGCUCACGACUAUUACGAGCUUGCUAAGGAUAAGCAUCCACUUGGUCGUGUUGGGCAACCAAAGGAGGUAGCCGAUGCUAUUAUUUUCUUAGCCAGUGACAGCUCUAGUUUCAUAACGGGAGCAAUUAUACCCAUCGACGGUGGUAAACAUGCCCAUUAUUCUUUUUAAUUAUAGAUGUAAAUGUCGUUUUUUAAUAUUCAUAAAUAA